AUGGCUUUUCAAGCAGCAUUGUCACUGUUAAUUUUGUGUCUAUUUCCACACAACCUUGCCAUUCUUUUUCACGAAAACAACAAUCAAGAACAAACUACGACCCUUGGACCUCUGGAAAAAGAUAUAACACUUUCAAAACUUGCAAUAUAUUUGUUGAAUCUGGAAGCCCGAGUUCAUAGUCAAGAACAAGAAAUCAAAUCGUUGAAGAUCCAGGAAGCGUCCAAAGAAAAUGUUACCACUGUUUCCUUGAAUAAGUUGAUCUCGCAAUAUAUAGACCUUAAGUUAUCCUUUGGAAUGAUAAAACAAAACAUUGACCAAAACAACAACCAGACUGGACUACAAACCCUCGAAAUGAUACAGAAGAACAUGGCACAGUCUAUCCGAUAUUUGACGAUGUCUCUACAAGAAAACGAGGUUCAUGACAAAGAGGCAAACACAACGAUUCACCAGGAGCUCGAUCAUUUAAAUAUGAUGUAUAUGAACGAAAUGCAAAUUAUGCAUAUUGAAAUUCAGAACUAUACUGGCAGCAAACAAAAAAUCCACCAAUAUGAGGAUAUGUUAAAGUCAGCAGUUGAUAAUAUAAGAUCGGAGAUAGAAUUAAUGCGGAGGCAACAAAUCCGUCUUGUUGGAGAUAAUGUUAUGUCUGGUAGAGUGGAGGUGAUGCAGAAUGGAACCUGGGGAACAGUCUGUGACGACCAUUUUGAUAACAAUGCCGCUAAAGUAGUUUGUCGAAUGAUGGGACUGUCAACGGGAAAUGCUGUGGCGUAUAGUGAUGCACAUUUUGGACAAGGAACUGGGCCUAUUGUAUUUGACGAUGUAGUGUGCAAUGGAAACGAAUCGAAAUUGUCAGAUUGCCGCCAUGCUGCAUUAGGCUACACCGACUGUAGUCACAGUGAAGAUGUUGGAGUAUCAUGUGGAUGA